GAGGGAAAGACGUAGCUUAGGUACUCGUGUGACAAGUCGCCGGGUUCGGUGAGGGGAGGAGUUGAGUGUGAAAGGGGAGAGAGAGAGAAAGAGGGAGGGAGAGAUGACGGAUAAGGGAAAGAGAGCCAAGGUAGACGAGGAUGAGGGAGCCGAACUCGAUCCCGAAUUGGUUAUGGCCAUCGAGAAGCUGCAGGAGGUGCAAGAUGAUCUCGAGAGGGUAAAUGAGGAGGCCAGCGAUAAGGUGCUUGAGGUCGAACAACGGUAUAAUGAGAUCCGGCGACCUGUCUACAACAAGAGAAAUGAAAUCAUUCACAACAUUCCGGAUUUCUGGCUUACUGCUUUUUUAAGCCAUCCGGUUUUAAAUGAACUCUUGUCAGACGAAGAUCAAAAGGUAUUUAAAUACCUGGAGUCUUUGGAUGUGGAGGAUUUCAAGGACGUGAAGUCAGGGUACAGUAUCACCUUUGCAUUUAAGCCCAAUCCUUACUUCGAAGAUGCGAAGUUGACGAAAAUUUUCAAGUUUUCGGACGAAGGGACUACAUCUGUCACUGGUUCUGUACCGAAGUGGAAGGAUGGCAUGGAUUUGACAAACGGAGUGGUGGCUGAAAAAGAGAACCACAAGCGGGCACACGCAGAGGACAGUUUUUUCAAAUGGUUUGGAGACUCCGCACAAAAGGAGUCUCUGGAAGGUAUUCAAGAUGAGGUAUCAACUUUCUUUCUGGUUGCGGAAGUUAUCAAGGAUGACUUAUGGCCAAAUCCUUUGAAGUACUUCAAUAAUGAAGCGGAUGAAGAAGAGUACGAGGAUGACGAGGAAGCAGAAGAUGAUGAAGAUGAUGCAGGCAAGGGAGCGGAGGAACUUGAUGAUGAAGAGGAAGAGCCGGACGAGGAUGAGGAGGACGACGAAAGCUGAACAUUGUCCCUCUCAUUUUUCUUACUUCGAGAUUGAAUUGAGCUUUUUUUGAACGCCAAUGGUUCACGAAACGUUUAUGUCUGAUCUACAACUGAGUUUGAUCUCACUGUGACGAGAUCCUAGUCUAGGCUGAUAGUCUGUCAACUUUACUGUUCGAUUGGUGCCUCAAAUUCAGCUUGGUAUCCUAAGAAGGUCAUCCUUCUCAUCAUAGCUUUUUACGUCACGAAGAAGAGAUAGGCAACUAUACUUGAGUUGCUGAUACGUCCAAAAGAUUUUGCGGGUAGGAAGGGGCAGUUUUCAGACCUUUUCUUCAUGCUCAAUGUUAAUGAGCAAAACCAUUGGUUAGAAAACAUGUAACGUGAUUGAAGUUAAGCUGUGCACGUGUAGCAGCUAAUCUUUCAGUGAAGAUUGUUGUGUCUGUCAUGAAUCUUCAUGCCGUAGCCUCGUGCUGUGAUUUGCAGCCCUUUUUGAAUCCAUAUAGGCAAGUUACAUUAGGACAAGACAACGGCACAUGUACAGUCUUUCGGGGAUGUGGGGCAGGGUAGUGAGCGGGGAUGCUAUACUGACAGAUGGAGAUAGUGUUGGACCCAGCAAGCAGUAAAGCACUCGGAAUCUGCUGGGACCCAUGAUGAUCACCUGUCAACAUUGAGUUUUGCCAAUGUCUUGGAAAUUUUCUCAAUGGAGUUGGAAUACGCUUCUACUACGAUUCGCAGUGAAUUGAGUAGAGAAGGUCGUGUAUCGGAUGUGCUGCCAAGUCUUAACCCGUUGUUUUGCUUCGUCC